AGGAGGCUUGGCUUUGCCCUCCAGCACCGACAUCAUUCCAGCUGCCACCUGUCUAGGCAGGGAUUGAUGCUCCAAUUCCCAAUAGGGUGAGGCCUGCCCUUAACCAUCCCUUAAGAAUUAGAGACUUCCAAAAGCUAGAAUCAGUCAUACUCCAUUGAGUAAGGACAGAUGCCAGCUCUGAGGGGACUAAGUGCCCGGGUCGAGGCAGGCCCCAUCUGACCCCGAAGGACACGUGCAGAGAGUUCGGUGACCAGGGGGGAGGCUCCCUUUCUUCGCAGCCUGUGCACCCGCAGGAAGAGCUCCUUGGCUGUGCCUUCGUUCCCCUGCUGUCCAGGGAGGUUGGGUGGCCAGGCGAAGAGAAGUCAAGUUCAGGGUGACGGAGACCGCUCCAGUUCCGUCUGAAAGCUCGUCUCAGAAUCCGGGCUCUCCACUCCCUCAACACUGCGGCUCCUCCUUUUGAAAGCCUGAACCGCCCGAGGCCUCUUUUCCGUCCUCUCUCCUUCCCCAGUUUCCUCUGCCCCAAUUAAAACCAGGAUGGAAAGCAUUGGCUGGCUGGCCCCAAUUAUUGUAGCUUGUCCAAAGGGAGGGGCCUCCAACGUGGCCCCUCCAGAAAUCUGGCUGGCUGGGCCUCCACCUUUCCCCUACUUAACUCUCAGCCUCCACCCAUCCCUUCAGGCGUGGGUCUGGCUACCACGUCGGGACUUGGCAGCACCACACAGGCAAGGGGUCGACUUCAGUCUUUUGGGACGGGGCAGUGGCACCCUCUUGUUCCGAGUGCCAAUGAGUUUGGAUCAGAUGGACUUUGGUCCAAAAGCCCUGGUUCUCGGACCUGGACACCAAAGUCCCCCCAGAUGCCUAAAUCGCCCUUGAGAAGGAACCUAAAAGAUGACCCUGAGAUUGAGGGAAGGUGAGAGCACCGCCCAGAACCUGGUGGGGUGAGGGCAAGUAGCCGGGAGGGAGGGCUUCCAGGGCGGGGCUUGGGGGUGGGGAGGCCAGGAGUGCUGGGGCCGUCCCCCCCUCCGCCCCCGCUCUCCUCCAGUGGGAAGGGGCGUGUGCCAGCGCACGCACGCUCCCGUGAAGGAGCGGUCUCACGGACAGAACGAGAGGUCCCAGUUUUUCAGACGCGAGUAGCAGGGCUGACUGCGAACGGCUGGGGCCAGUCGGCGCCGAGACCAAGAAGAGGGCACCAUGGCUACCCUCCUGCUGCUGCUCCUGUUGCUGCUGUUGCCGCUACUGCUGCACCUCUGGCCUCAGUGGCGCUGGCUGGCAGCAGACUUGGCCUUCACGGUGCGCGCCCUACGCUGCAAACGCGAGCUCCAAGCACGCGCCCUGGCCGCGGCCACAGCCGACCCGCAGGGUCCCGAGGGGGGUUGCAGCCUGGCCUGGCGCCUCGCACAACUGGCUCGCCAGCAGCCGGCGCACACCUUUCUCAUCCACGGCGCUCAGUGCUUCAGCUACGCUGAGGCCGAGCGCCAGAGCAAUCGAGCGGCACGCGCCUUCCUGCGCGCCCGGGGCUGGGGAGGGGUCAGCGGCUGCGCUUCAGGGGGCGCCCGGGAAGGCGAGGGAGCAGUCGGAAGCGGGGAGGUGCAGGCCGCGAGGGAUGGGAAUGGCGCGGCCCCUCUGGCACCCGGAGCCACCGUGGCGCUGCUCCUUCCUGCUUCCCCGGAGUUCUUGUGGCUUUGGUUCGGGCUAGCCAAGGCUGGCCUGUGUACGGCCUUUGUGCCCACCGCCCUGCGCCGGGGACCCCUGCUGCAUUGCCUCCGCAGCUGCGGCGCGAGCGCGCUGGUGCUGGCGCCAGAGUUCCUGGAGUCACUGGAGCCUGACCUGCUAGCCCUGAAAGCCAUGGGGCUCCACCUGUGGGCUGCAGGGCCUGAAGCCCAUUCUGCUGGAAUCAGCGAUCUGUUGGCUGAGGUCUCGGCUGAAUUGGACGGGCCUGUGCCUGGGUACCUAUCUGCUCCCCAGAGCAUAAUGGACACGUGCCUGUACAUCUUCACCUCUGGCACUACUGGCCUCCCUAAGGCUGCUCGGAUCAGUCACCUGAAGGUCCUGCAGUGCCAGGGGUUCUACCAGAUGUGUGGUGCCCACCAGGAGGAUGUGAUCUACCUGGCCCUCCCACUCUACCACAUGGCCGGCUCCCUGUUGGGCAUUGUGGGCUGCUUGGGCAUUGGGGCCACAGUGGUGCUGAAGUCCAAGUUCUCGGCUAGCCAGUUCUGGGAGGACUGCCAGAAACACAGGGUGACCGUGUUCCAGUACAUCGGGGAAUUAUGCCGAUAUCUUGUCAACCAGCCCCCGAGUCAGGCAGAACAUGGACAUAAGGUCCGGCUGGCAGUGGGCAGUGGGCUGCGCCCAGAUACCUGGGAGCGUUUUGUGCGGCGCUUCGGGCCCCUGCAGGUGCUGGAGACGUAUGGACUGACAGAAGGCAACGUGGCCACUUUCAACUACACAGGACAGCGAGGUGCUGUGGGCCGAGCUUCCUGGCUUUACAAGCGUGUCUUCCCCUUCUCUUUGAUUCGCUAUGAUGUCACCACAGGGGAGCCACUUCGGGACACCCGAGGGCACUGUGUGACCACAUCUCCAGGUGAACCGGGGCUGCUGGUGACCCCAGUGAGCCAGCAGUCCCCGUUCCUGGGCUACGCUGGGGACCCAGAGCUGGCCAAGGGAAAGCUGAUCAAGGAUGUUUUCCGGCCUGGGGAUGUUUUCUUCAACACUGGAGACCUGCUGGUCUGCGAUGACCAAGGCUUCCUUCGCUUCCAUGAUCGCACUGGGGACACCUUCAGGUGGAAGGGGGAGAACGUGGCCACGACGGAGGUGGCAGAGGCCUUGGAGGCCCUGGACUUCCUCCAGGAGGUGAACGUCUAUGGCGUCACUGUGCCAGGGCACGAAGGCAGGGCAGGAAUGGCGGCCCUGGUUCUGCGUCCCCCCAACUCGUUGGACCUUGUGCAGCUCUACACCCAUGUUUCUGAGAACUUGCCGCCUUAUGCCUGGCCCCGGUUCCUAAGGCUCCAGGAGUCUCUGGCCACCACAGAGACCUUCAAGCAGCAGAAGGUCCGCAUGGCAAAGGAGGGCUUUGACCCGAGCACCCUGUGCGACCCACUGUACAUUCUAGACCAAGCCAGGGGCGCCUACCUGCCCCUCACACCUGCCCGGCAUGGAGCCCUCCUGGCUGGGGACCUUCGAAUCUGAGCCCUCCAUGUGCAGCUGAAGGAGGGGCUGUGUGGGGUGGGGGCACUGAAGGUGUCAGAGGCUGUCAGGGGUCUUUUCUACACUAGAUUUGUAAUCACAGUUUUGUAAUAAAUAUGGCCAGAGCCAGUUUGGCUGUC